AUGUCUACCACAAGCGCACUCCACAACCUCCCCUCCACCUCCACCGCGUUCACAGCGACCAGAAAGCCACGGCGCCCCAUCAGCACGGAUUCGAAACCGAAGCCCGCAUCUUCCGGCCCCAACGUCGAAUACGUGACCGUUGCCGCACCCACACACGAAGUCCUCCUUAUCGCCGGCCGAGAUCCCGAGGUAGAGGUAGAGCGGUACGAUAGCUCGGCGGUGAAGUUGAGGUUUAUCGAAGAGGCACGGGGAAUGCCGGCGGUGAUUAAGGCGAGCGUGAAAGUGAGCGCGCCGGUGGCGGCAGUGGAGAAAGGAAAGGGCAAGCAGAAGGAGGUGGUGCAGGUGGAGGACCCAAGACCUCCUCCGACCUCAAACCCUGCCCAGCCUGUCAGGUCACGUCCUGCUGCUCCCUCACUCUUCGACGAUGACACGCUACACAAGCUCUCGCAGGACAAACUCUAUGAGCGCAUCAUCGACUGCUACAGGAUGCGAUUUGAGGAUGAUGGAGUGCUUUGUGGAGUUCUUGAGGUUGGCCGAGGAAAGUGUGUCCUGCCGAAGUGGUGGAACACGGAGAAGAAGGAGGAGUGCGUGAAGCGAGUCUCUGAGAUGAGCGGCCGGGGCAGUAUCCACGUUCCUAUCCAGAAGAGUGAUGUGCGGGAGCAUUACAAGGACGAUAUCAUGCCGAUGCGCUUGAGAGUGCUGGCGAAGUAGAUCUAUGGGAAGGCCAUCUGGCAGCUGGUGAUGGAAGUCUAGCUUCUUGGCUCGGUCUGCUUGUGCACGACAGAUCUGGUUGUGUCUUCGUCGCUUGAUUAUUUUUCGGUGCGGAUCGGAGGAAACUCAUUUCACACUCAAGCUUCAUACUUUGUACCUAAAAUACCCUCCUCUUUCUCUUCGAUUCGUCAAUUAUAGUGUGGC